GACGUCACAUCCGGUUCUCUCCUCUUUGGACCCUCUCGCCAUUUUGAUAAAGUCGCUCGCGCACACUGGAAACGAAUCAGUUAAAGUUGAAACUCCGCGACGAAGGCAUUUAAAUAGCGACCAACCGAUACAAAUCCUGGAUCACAACGAAAAUCACUCAGUUGUCAGGUCUUUUGAUAAAGAAGAAUCAACGAUGACAAUGAGUGGAUGUCGUGUAUUCAUCGGCCGUUUGAGCCCGCACGCCAGAGAGCGGGAUGUGGAGAAGUUCUUCAAAGGGUACGGACGGAUCCGCGAAAUCAAUCUGAAGAAUGGAUUCGGCUUUGUGGAGUUUGACGACCACAGAGACGCAGAUGAUGCUGUGUACGAGUUGAAUGGCAAGGAGUUGUGCAGUGAAAGGGUCACUAUUGAGCACGCUCGCUCCCGGAGAGGAAGAGGUGGCGGUCCCGGAGGAAUGGGACGGUUUGGCGGUGGCGGCGACCGCAACGGUGGUGGAGGAGGAGGAGGAGGCGGUGGCGGCUACCGCCAGUCUCGCAGCAGUGGAUCCAGACUGGACAGGUAUGGCCCUCCUGUACGGACGGACCACAGACUCAUAGUGGAGAACCUCUCCUCCAGAAUCAGCUGGCAGGACCUCAAAGACCUGAUGAGAAAAGCAGGUGAAGUUACCUUUGUGGACGCUCACAGGCCCAACAAAAAUGAAGGAGUGGUGGAGUUUGCCUCCCGCAGCGACAUGAAGAACGCCAUCUCCAAACUGGACGGCUCAGAGCUGAACGGACGCAAGCUCAAGAUCUUUGAGGACAGCAGGAGUCACAGUAAGAGCCGUUCCCGCUCCCGCAGCUACUCUCGCUCCAAGAGCCGCUCCAGGAGCCGCAACCGCUCCAGGAGCCGAUCCCGUUCUCGCUCCAUGAGCCGGACCCCAGAGAAGAAGACAUCGGGUGGGGGCCGAGCCUCAGGGAGAUCCCCCUCCAGGUCCAAGUCUCGCUCCAAGUCCCGCUCCAGAUCCCGUUCUCGCUCCCCUGCCCGGCGUUCCCGCUCACCGCCCCGCCGGUCCCGCUCACCGGCCCCUCGUUCUCGCUCUCCAGCCCCACGUUCCCGAUCCCCUCCCCCGAGAUCCCGCUCCCCACCUCCAAGAUCUCGUUCCCCGCCCCCGAGAUCCCGCUCCCCGGUCGCCCGUUCCCGCUCCCCGGCCCCGCUUCAGAAACAACAGUCCCGUUCCCGAUCUCGCUCCCGUUCCCGCUCCGCCUCAGCAGACAGCAAACACUGAGGAGGGGGUAUGAAACAGACUCUCUCCACAGGCCUGUAGGGGGCGUGUCUUUAAUCAUUGGCUCUUUCUGUUAGUUGGAUGUGCUUCCACAGGAAGGAUGAAAUCCCGCCCUUUUUUUCAAAUCCUGAGCGACAGAAAACGCUGAUUCUCCGUCGGCCAUGUUUGAUUCCUUCCCCCCCCCCCCCCGUGCUUUGUGUUCUGAUGUUAGCAGGGAUCCAUUACUCCCUGGAAAUGGUGAUACAUGUUUUUGUGUGUAUCGUGAGAUCUGGCAUUGCGUGAAACUGUGAUUCUGACACGUGUUGCGUUCACUGACCUGUUGUGUGAGCGUGGAAAUGGCAGUGCGUUUUAUUUCUGGUGUAAUGAUGUUCGUGCUGAGUGAGGAACUCCAGUUUUAUUUCUUAACUGCAGCCUCGGCCUGUGGGGCGUUCAGUGGAGCAGGAAUAAGUUUAUUGAUUUGAUACUAAUAAAACACUCACUGCGUAUUGUCAUUUAAUUUUUUUAGUAAAAAGGAACAAUAACUUUUCUUUUUUUAAUACUUUGUGAAUGUGUGUCUGUGCAGUUCUGACAAAUAAAGCUUUCACAAACUG